AUGGCAGCCUCCCAAUUCUCAGACGUGGAAGCCCAGCCGUUUCUCGAGACGAAGGAGUACGACUCCUACGCCUGGGUGCUUCUCGAGGACCAUCCCCUGCGCUCUUAUCCAGACGAUACCAAUUGCCAUCCUGAGGUCACCGAAUUCACGCGCAAAUGCUCUGCGUUUGUUCGAAGGCGCUGGAGGGAGCGCGGGCUACCUCUGCUAUGUCUUGUGUUGAUGUUUUUUGUGAUUGUCCAAUUUUUGGUCCAGCUGCCGCAUAUUGUGUCUUAUUUUCUGGAACCGGACUAUAGGCAGGAUCUUCCGGGUUUCAUCCAGACACUAGAUACGGUCGACCGGUCGCUCGGGCUUGGAAUCGAUCAUGCGGCUAUUUGUGUGUAUGACGCUUCGGUCCAGGCCCAGAUGCAUGGAGUGACGGGCGACGCCGUCGAGUAUACCCUUGCUUCGGGGUGUACUGGCGCCAAAGUGGAUCUAUCACAGAGGGAUGAAGAGUUAUUUGUGGGGAGUUGGGGACCAGGCCUCGAUGAUGAGCACACGCUGCAGAGCGUUUAUCUCCAAUCACUUCAGUCUCAGCUGGAUGCUCGGAAUUCUGCUUUCGUCAACUUGACUGGGAAAAACGGUGGUCAAAAUGAUCUGGUACCGGUCGGACUCUUUGACGAGAACCCAACGCAGUCGUUUACAUUGUUAUUGAACAUUCAAAAACCGAUGCGAAGAGCGUGGCCGCCGCUUGUUGCCCAGUUAGAGGCCUUGAACGAGAGGCGUUAUUUGUCCUAUCGGAGCGCAGAGCAGGGUCUUGUACUGCGACCGGUCACAGUCGUGGUUUUGGGGAAAGGAUGUCGACGAUUGUCAUUGCUGGAUGACUUGUCAAGGGCUAUUAAGGGGUUCUUCUGA